UAUAAAUAACUAUUUCGCAGGGUGCUGCAAGUAAAGUAUUAUUACACGACGUAACAAAGAUGUAAUCACGUGAUAAUAUACAUCGUGUGUGCAUCGUACAUUGAACGUUCACAAUAAAGUUUUACUUUUCGACACUGAGUUGUGAAAAGUGUUGUUAGGUAUGAAGAUGCUAUAGAACGUAGCUGUAUGUUGAGAUAAUUUAGUUGCCGCUUUUAAGGCUUCUAAGACUGUACGAAUAAUAUGUUCAUCAUUAUGGAUCGUUCGCCACAAAUAAGUAACAAUACGAAAAUGCAUCAACUUCAUUCACGCCAGAAUUUCACGAUGCCCAGUUACAACACAUAAAUUUGAAUUUCAAUCAAAUCGUAAUCAUAAUCAGAAAUCCACGAUACUCUGGAAACCACUGCAAUGUCAGUCAUGUUGAACUCAACUGCAGGAAAUAUUACUUAUUGUAAAGAACCGCUGAAAAUCCGUUAUCCAUCCAUUAUCGGAAUCGAUCUGGCUGUUCCACAAUGGGAAGCGAUACUAGUGACAUUAAUACUAACAGUUAUCAUACUAUUAACUAUAAUCGGAAACAUUUUGGUGAUAUUGAGCGUGUUCACUUACAAGCCGUUGCGUAUAGUGCAAAAUUUUUUCAUAGUUUCAUUGGCAGUGGCUGAUUUAACUGUAGCAGUGUUAGUCUUACCAUUCAAUGUAGCUAAUAUGAUCAUUGGCCGAUGGGUAUUCGGUAUACAUUUAUGUAAAAUGUGGUUAACGAGUGAUAUACUGUGCUGCACAUCGUCCAUACUCAAUUUGUGUGCAAUAGCUCUAGAUAGAUAUUGGGCAAUAACCGAUCCCAUCAACUAUGCACAAAAGCGAACGGUCGAACGAGUGCUUUUACUCAUUGCUGGUGUUUGGAUAUUGUCGUUUGUCAUCAGCUCGCCGCCCCUUAUAGGCUGGAACGAUUGGCCAGAAGUAUUUGACAGCGAAAAACAUCCCUGCGCAUUAAACUCGAAUCAAGGCUAUCGAAUAUACUCGGCAUUAGGAUCAUUUUUUAUUCCAUUGGUGGUGAUGACCAUUGUAUACAUCGAAAUAUUCAUAGCUACCCGCCGGCGUCUACGCGAACGAGCUAGAGCAUCGCGCAUAAAUGCAAUGAAUUUGAAAUCAGCCGGCAAGGAACAAGAAACUGCACAACAGGACCAGGAAUCCAUCAGCAGCGAAACGAAUCACAACGAACACCCGAACGUAUCGGACGCAAAGGCUCACAGCAAAAACUUGGAGAAACUUCGGCGCAAGGAAAAACGCAACAAGGCCAAAGAUUCAUUGAAAAAGGGGGACAAAAAUUCGGAAAAGCUCAUAUCUCCGCAAAUUGUGCGCGAAGAUUCGAUCACGGACAUUCAGGACGAUUCGCCCGAUCAACGAAAAGGUUCGAACGGUCACGAUCACCCGCACACCGUUGUCGAAUUAAGAGAUAUCAAGAAACUUUCGAUUCAACCGGACGCCGACAAAAAACCGAACAGUGUGUAUCAGUUCAUCGAGGAGAAGCAGAAGAUUUCGUUGUCCAAAGAACGUAGAGCUGCUAGAACGUUAGGAAUUAUUAUGGGCGUUUUCAUACUAUCAUGGGUGCCAUUCUUUCUACUGUACAUUAUCCAACCGUUCUGCACGACCUGCUGUCCAUCCGAUCAAUUAAUAGACUUUCUCACGUGGCUGGGAUAUUCCAAUUCGAUGGUCAAUCCCUUCAUUUAUACGAUAUUCAAUUUAGACUUCCGACGGGCUUUUCGACGAAGGCUCACGUGUGUCACGAAACCUGCCAAGCAGAACAGUAGAUAUUGAUUGCAAAAGAAAAGACGUAAAGUUUAAUUGGGAGGACAUCGACUUGUAUUUUGACCAAUAUGUAAGGAACAAGGGUAACGCUUCUGGUGUAAACUUUGAAUCGGUGACGUGCCACUUUAAAAGAAUUACUGGCAGUCUAAAUGUUUCAUCAAUGUCUUUCGGACUGACAUAACAUAAGCGACCAAAUAACGCGUACCAUUAAUUUCAUCUUCUUUUAAGAUGGAACUGUGUUUUGAUUAACCAUUCACUGACGACAUGCAUUUCACAUUUUACCAGUUAUCGAGCUAGUUGUUUUGAACUAAGUUCUAUUAUCCGAUUUACACAAAAUCUGGUACUUCAUUAGUUUAAACUCUUAAGAUCACAUAUUAUACUGUCCAUUUUAGAGCCUCAUCUAACUCCGAAAACCAUUAAUGAAACCGAUAAGUAAUUUGUAAGAAAGCUGGAAUUACCAUCCACGUUUUCCCAGUUGUGACUGUAGUAAAUACGAUGCAUUAACAGACAGCUGAGAAUCAAUAAUUGAAUUUAAUUUUCGAAGAGACUCUCGCUGUAAUAAAAUUUUGUUAGUCAAAGUCUGUGAGAUUUUGUUACGUUCUUCGAAGUCCAUAAUGCAAUUAUGGAUGUUAAGUGAUAUUAGUCUAAGGUAUAUUGUUAAGGUAAGCCCGUAAAUAAUGUCAUAUUUAUUCGAGAAUAAUCUAAGUGUCAUUCAGUGUAAUAGAAUAAUAAUUGAGAAACCAUCAAAGUAAAGAGCGCACUUGCUUGACAAACGUUAGUCAGAUGCAGUGACUAUUGUUGGGAAAACAUUUUCCCAUCUUAAACUUGCCCGAAUUUUCCUACAUUUUUCCAAAAUCAUUUUUUUCGGAAAAUGGCGGAAGACAAGGUAAAAUCGGAGAAAAUGUGGAAAAAUUCAAGAAAACAUGGGAAAAUGUUUUACCAAAAAUAGUCUCUGGUGACCAGUCUGGCAAGACGCGUUCGUACUCGAAGUGUGUUUCAAAUUCAGUGCACGUUAAUUAACAUUUUAAUUGUCAUUUAUAAAUGGAAUCGAAAUGGAAUGUGAUUAGUGUUAUUCGAUCCAUAGCAGUAGCAUAUACACAAAAACCGAAAUUUCAUAGUAAAUUGGAUUUAGAUGCCAGAGAUUAAGUUUCAACGACAUGAUUACAAUGUUCAAGUGUGAGGAUAACUCAGUAGCGCUGUAAGUCGAAUUUUGACUACUAGCUUGAUAGUUUUACGAAUUUAUUAUCGUUUGACAAUAGAUUUAAAACAAAAGUCACAGCUUCAGUGUCAAAUCCUUCAAAAUUAUCUUACUAGACCAACUACACACAACUUUAAAUUGUUCUUUUGCUUCGAAAAUCAAAUCUUGCACCCUGAGAUUUGGUUGAUAACUUAUUUAAUUCCACCUCGAAUAAACUAACCUUAGCCCUAACUCUUGACUGAACUACCUAUUUAUAGGCUCCAGAUACUAUUGCGAGCCUACGGUUACCUUUGAACUCCAUAGUCAUAACGAAAGAUUGGUGCUUUGUAAUGUAAAUUCAUUGUUUUCAAAGCAAUGUGGUCAUAUGUCAUAUGAAAGUAUGAAACAUUGAUGCAUUCCAGGUGUUAAGCUGCAAUCGCA